GCCAAGUUCUCGAUCUCGUUGUCGAACGGCAAGCAGUGACCGCGUCCCAAGAAACCCAAUGCUCACCGGCAUCAUCAACAUGCCCGGGCAUGCAACAGCAGCGGCAAGCAUAAAAACUAUACGGCUUCCAUAGCCGGGGGGUCGACGCGCCCCUAUCACUACUACUACCCCCCCUCAACAAACUACAGCGGCGAUCAGUGCUGUAGCUAACCCCAACAUCAUGUCCGCCUUGACCCGCUUCAUCGAGCCGCUGCUCGAAGCGCUCCCAGCAUGGACGCGGCACCCCGUCGCCGUCGUGGCCGGGGGGCUGCUCACGCUCGUGAUCGCCGUGUUCGUCUACGUGCUCGUCAAGUCGCGCAGCUGGAAGUGGAGCAACCUCGACGGCCCGCCCUCGGCCAACCUCCUCUGGGGCAACAUGCUGCAGAUUAUCCACGGCCAGCCAGGCGAGUACAACAAGAUCUGGUUCGAAAAGUACGGCGGGACGCUCCGCGUCACUGCCCUGCUGGGCCGCAAGCAGCUCGUCACGAGCGACAUCCAGGCGAUCGGCUACGUCCUGCAGCACUCGUACAGCUUCACCAAGCCCGCGUCGUCGAGCCGUAUCCUCGAGAGUGUGCUCGGCAACGGCCUCCUCUCGUCCGAGGGCCACAAGCACCGCGCACAGCGCCGAGUCCUCCAGCCCGCCUUCUCGCCCAACCACACCAAGAACCUCCUCCCGCCCUUCUGGGCAAAGAGCUACGAGCUGCAGGGCGUCUGGAACCGCAUGAUCGAGACGGGCGGCGACUGGGAGGGCUCCGAUCCACCCAGCUACACGCCCCCGGUGCCCGAGGACAUUGUGCCCGGCGCAUGCAAGAUUGACGUGCUCAACACUCUCAACAAGCUCUCCCUCGACAUCCUCGGUCUCGCCGGCAUGAACGUCGAGCUCGGCGCGCUGAGCAACACGGGCUCCGAGCUGUCCGACGCAUACCGUGACAUGGCCAACGCGACGCACCACAUGACGCCUCUCAUGAUCGCCGAGGCCUGGUUCCCCAUCCUGAAGAAGAUUAUCCCCAGCAAGCGCCGUGACAUUGUCGAGAAGAACAUGGCGAUUUCCGCGGCUCACGGCAUGAAAUUGCUGCAGCAGAAGACAAUUGCCAUCAAGAAGGAGCGCGAGGCGGGCCUGAGUGAGAACGACGACCUGGCGGGCGAGAAGGACCUGCUCUCGCUCCUCAUCCGCGCCAACACCGACCCCGAUCUGCGCGACGACCAGAAGCUCACCGACGAGGAGGUGCUUAACCAGAUGACGACCUUCAUGUUUGCCGGGCACGAGACGACGAGCGGCACGCUGAGCUGGUGUCUCGAGAAGCUGGCGUUCCACCCCGACAUCCAGGAGAAGCUGUAUGCCGAGCUCGCGACCGUGCCCGACCCCGAGCCGACGUUUGACGAGCUUUCCAACCUACCCUACCUCGACAAGGUGGUCCGCGAGAUCAUGCGCACCGACAACCCCGUCAUCGGCACGAUGCGCACGCCCAUCGACGACAUCACCCUCCCCCUCGGCACCCCCGUCAAGGGCCGCAACGGCAAGAUGAUCGACUCGGUCCACGUCCCCGCCGGCACCGAGAUCUUCUUGUCUGUCAUGGGCGUCAACCAGUCCGAGACCGUCUGGGGGCCCGACGCAAAGGAGUUCAACCCCGACCGCUUUGACCGCCCCGCCCUGCAAAAGGUGCCCGGCGUGUAUGGCAACCUGCUCUCGUUCCUCGGCGGCGCGCGCCACUGCAUCGGCUACCGCUUCGCCGUGCUCGAGAUCAAGGCCGCCCUCUUCGUCAUGAUCCGCGGCUUCACCUUCGAGCCCCUCCCGUCCAGGCCCAAGAUGGAGCGCGAGUGGAUGAUCGUGCAGCGUCCCGUCGUCGCGUCCGAGAAGAAGCUCGGCCCCCAGAUGCCCCUCCUUGUCAGGAAGAGGGAGUAAUGCCGAGGAGGAAGAAGUGCGAACAAUGUCAAGAUAUCAGCAGCAGCAAAUUGAAAUCAAAGUAGUCCUACUGUGCUAGUAGAAUGUACGCAUUGUAUCGAGUA